AUGGAUGACCAUCUCGACAUUGAUAUGGACCUCGACCUCGACUGUAGUGAACAUGUCGUCUUUUCAGAACUCGCCCUGGCCGCCAAUCCACCUGACACCUCUAAUUCUACCGCGGCAGAACCCAUCCUCAGCCAUCCCAAUGACACAUCCGACCCCAAAUUCAUGCAGCCCCUGCCGCACAAAGUUCACCUCCGCGGUCUCGAAAAUCUCAGCACGGCCGACAUCGAAACAUUUGCCCAUGAGCACUUUCCUCAAUAUCAGCCCUCGCAGAUUGAAUGGAUUGACGAUACUUCAGCCAAUCUAGUCUACCCAUCCGCCAGUGUUGGCCUCGAGGCUCUCGGAUCCUUUACCAGUCUAAGCCUUAGCGACAUUGAAAAGCUUGCAACGCUCCAAACCAUUCCCACCAAACCAUGUCAUCACUCCCCACCCUCCAUCCUCCACGCACGCCUAGCAGUCUUUGGCGACAGGAAGCAAUCCGGCGCUCGCGAACGCAGUCGAUUCUACCUGCUGCAUCCAGAAUAUGAUCCGGCUGAGCGGCGCAAGCGAGACGACGUAAGGGAUAGAAACCGGCACAGUGACCGACAUUCAGUCGAUCGCCGCCAAAGAUCGAAUCGACGACGCCGUGACCACUCGCUCUCGAGCUCCGAGACGCACCCUCGGAAUCCGGGCGGAAAAUCCAGCAAAGAGCUCUUUCCAGACCGGUCAGGUUCCGACUACCGGAGAUUGCGGCAGCGUAGUGCGUCCCCAGUGCGCGACGUUGGCCCCUCUCAGAUCGCUGAGAGUUCGAGCAGUCUGCUGGUACGACGCGGAAGAGAUGACAAGGGUACCAGGAGUCCCGCUGCAAGAGAGUUGUUUCCCCAGAAAUGCUUCCCACAGCGAUCAGGCGCUUUUGACGAGACGGAUGAAAGCAUCGGCUUUCAAUCGAGGGACAUGGCCGUCGCUUCGCUCAAUGAGAUUGUCGACUCCCAAACCGACGCCGGCCUGGCCUCUAGUGUCUCGAGAAAGCUCGACGGAGAAAUGUCGCGGACAAAAAUGCAACGGUCAGGUACUGUUGCGGGGAAUCCGAGUUUCGAAUUCGCCAUCAAGGGUGCAGCUUCGGGUGUGCGAGUCAAAGAGCUAUUUCCGGACGCGCUGGGCACGAACUCGGGCAAAGAGCUCUUUGCCCAGAUUUUGGACGGUCGAGGCCAACGUCGAAAGACGGCAAAAGACUUGUUUUGCUGA